AUACACACUUGCACCAUGAACCUCUCCCUUGAGCUGUCCUCCACAGAGGAAAUGGCUCCAGAGGAGUUUAAAGGUGGGACAGCUGUGGCUUGUGUGAUCCUGGGCCUGUCCUUCCUCGUAGGAGCUCCAGGGAACCUGCUGGUGAUUUGGACUAUCCUGAGACAUGUCAAGAAGCGAUCUCACACCGUGGUGCUCAUCCUGCACCUGGCUGUUGCUGAUCUGCUGGUCCUCAUCACCCUCCCUCUGUGGAUCUACUCCCUGGCAAACUACUGGGUGUUUGGAGAAGCCUGGUGUAAAGCCAUUGUGUUCGUGAUCAACGCCUGUAUGUACAGUAGUGUUUUCCUCAUCACCCUCAUGAGUGUAGAGCGCUUUCUGGCUGUGCGUUAUCCCUUUGCCUCAGCUGGCUGGAAGCAGAAAAAGGCUCUGAACAAGGUUCUGCUGGCUCUGUGGACUGCAGCUUUCUUGUUCAGCAUUCCUAUCAUCCCGACUCAAGUGGUAGAUAAGGAUUCAGAUGAGGAGCACUGUCUGUACCGGCUUUACACUUCUGUGACCCAGGAGCUGGUGUGUGUGCUGCUGGAGACGCUGGUGGGCUACGUAAUACCCCUCACAAUCCUGGUGGUCUGCUAUGGCUGCCUUUGCAGCCGAAUCACUCAGAUGACCUUCAAGUCCAAGCGCAAGUCCACUGUCCUGAUUGCUAGCGUGGUGGUGGUGUUUGCCAUCUGUUGGACACCUCAUCACAUAGGAAAUAUCCUAUCACUCAUCAUCCUAGCCAUGGGAGGCAACUUCCCCGAUGCAGCCACUAACCUGGAGGAUGCCAGGACAACCAUGACCUUCAUUGCUGGGGCCAUGGCCUUCAUCAGCAGCACCAUCAACCCCAUCCUGUACAUGUUCGCAGCACGCUCCUUUAGGAGUUCCCUGAGAGACACAGGCAUCCAGAAGCUCUUCCGCCACAUCUCCAGUACCUCCCCAGGUGAGGGCAACAGAGAGUUGUCCUUUGUGUCCAAGAGGCACAGCAACCAGACCAACAGCUCCCAGUGUGUGUCUGCAUCAAAAGAUCAAAUGGACAUUUUGGUAAAUAUGUGUGAAAAUCAUCCAUCCUGAUGGUGAAACCUGUCACAUUGUUCGUCUCUGGAAAAUAUAAGUAUGUAAAUUAUCUUUAGAAGUAAACUUUGUCUGGAAUGAAAGAGAUGAAGAUCCAGUGUGAUCCAAUUGUGCUAUUCUGUAAAUGAGCUGGUUUAUAUUUUUCCUCAAGAUUACAUAGUUUGUGAAGACAUAUUUAAAAUGUAUAUAAUGUAUAUACAUUUCUUAACUACAGUAUCAUAAACUGUACAAUGUAUUAUUUACACAUAAGACUUGUUUCAGCUUUGUCAGAUAUUUUCACCAUGUUUGCUGACAAUGCUAUUUUGUUAAAGAAAAUCUUCCUUAGUGUGGGAACAUGAUAAAUAUGGGCUCUCCAGGUUUACAUUGGGUUAUUCUGUGGUUACAUACCACUUCUUGAAUUUUACUCUUUUGAAAGAGAGAACAUUGCCCUAAUCUUGUACUGUAUUUUUUUCUUUAGAAAACAGAAACAUUUAAGAUACAGUCUCAAGAUGUGAAGUAAACUAAUGACAAAACUUGUGUUCAAUUCACCUGAUUUUUUUGUCUUUGUCUCUGAUAUAAUAAGGAAUUAACAAUCAUUUUGAAUGAAUCAUCCUCAUGGCAAAUGAGCUUAAAAUUGUCCUGGUGUCCCACUUCAGACAACAGUCAGUACUUCCUCUUCCAGAAAAGAUUGCAAAAUGAAAAACUGCAUGUUUCCCAACAAAAAGAGGAAUCGUGUCUGUGUUUGUCACAGUCUCAUAAAACUUAAGCCAGCACUUUAAAGUGAGAUAAUUCAACGUCAGCUUCUCUAGGGAUAUUACAAAAUUAAAUCACCAACCAGAAAUUUGAAAUAUAUUCUUUCAAUAGCAAAUUAAGUUUGUGUGUUUUCAUGAUAAUGCAAAUUGUGUUGCACCAGCUGCCAUGGCUGCCCACAAUAUUGGCCAGGCCCAUAAAAAACCGAGUGAAUGACCCCCCCCCCAGUUGUGAUCUACUGAUGAUAUCAAUGCAUGUGUUGAAUUGGUGCUAGCGUCCUGGCUAACAGUCACCUCAUUUUGGACCUGAAAAGUAUUGAACUAUUACUGGGUUCUGAUGUUGAAAUCAAUUAUUUGUGCUACGUUUGACUGCUUUUCUUCACUUUCCCACCCAUUUUUGCUACUUCAUGCCCAUUUUUCUGCUUUUUGCCCAUUUGUGCUACUUUUCAAAUUAUUUUUGCCCCUUUUCAAAAUUAUGCAAUUAAUUACCAUUAAAGCUGUCUCAGUUUUUCUGUUUUAUUUUCUGUUACCCUGACAUUUGUGCACAUCAUGGCCUAUCUUUGGAGUCUAACAUUACUUUCCAAAUGGUUUAGUUCUGUGCACCCAUCCAGACUGUUAACUUUACCAAUAAAAAAGUAAUACUGUUUUAAGAAAAGGGGGUUGAAAAAGGCCUUAUUUGUACUACAGCAUUAAUAAAUAAAAUUCAUGUUUUGUUGCUUUGAUAUGAGUGGUUACUAUUCAGGUUAAAAAUCAAUUAUUGUCAUCACAGUUUAACUUUACAGUGGACUGGGAUUUGCAGACUCCACAUCCGUCCCCAGUUUGGCUGAGCCCCAGAAAGCU